CAAGGACGUCCACCGGAUCUAAUUGUAAACUUCAAGUUUCUAUCUCUAUUUCCAAAGGAAUUUUUGUUCCUUUUCUCUCAUCGCCCAGCCUUGGGCAACAAAUCUUCCUGGUACCAUCUAGAAACCGGGUUCGAUACAGCGUCUGCUGUCAGUGGCCCUGAUAAUCCCAACAAAGAAAAAAAAAAGAAAGUGAUAACACAUUAGAGUUGUUACAGUCACAGGGAGGAGAGGAAACCUCUACAGUAAAUUGCUGGUGAGAAGCUCUUGAUCCAAGGUAUUUGACCUAUCCUCUCAUUCCUUGGAUCGAAAAUCAUUGCCCAUCAUUCUGCUCAGGAAUGCAGCAGAGGAGUUUAUCACGUAUGCACAUCCUAGUGCAGAGAUGGGGUCGAACCUGUGGCAGCUGUACAUCAUUUCGUCAUGUACACAGUGAUGCCAGUCCAUCUACAAUAUAUAACAAAGACAGGGAGCUUAGAACUGAUAAACAAUUGGAUUUGAUAGUACAUCAGUUUCAAAAUACAUUUUUGAAAAUCAGGGAUGGGAAAAAAGGAUGUGUGAGAGCUAAUAAGUAUAGAAACAAUAAAUAUAACAGUAGCUUUGAUAAAGAGUCACUCACUGACAUAAACAAGAAUGAGAACAUUAUUGAUUGUGACUCAAAUACCACUUGUAACAAUAACAAUACAGAUUUAAGAUCUCUUAAUGUGUUUGCAGUGGAAAAGGAGUCAGCAAAACUUAGUGCACAAAUUGAGAAAAAUACAUCUCUGAAUAAUACUAAAGGUAUAGAUCAGUUUGACAAAAUGAACAGUAAGACAUCUGAGUCAUCAACCAUGGGGAAUAAAAGUGCUGAUGUAAAUUUUAUGGCAUUUAAGAGCAAUUUAGAACAACCAAAGAUACUAAGCAGCAAAGAACUCUUUCUCCUGAAUGACCUUGUUAGAUCUGCACAGCAAACCAAGGAACUAAAAGAGGUAGAAAAUUGUGUCAGAGAGAACAUUCAGCCACCCUUUGCUGUGCUACAAAGAUUAUGUGCUCGGACCAGCAAGUCCAAUCAAGUAGGUGUUAUACACAAGUUGCAGGAGCUUGCUCAGGAGAUGUACCCUGAGGAAUCUGUCCAACAUAUGGGCUUCAAAUAUUACCUUGCAAGUGCCCUGUGUUAUGCUGGAGAUGUGAAAGGAAGCUUGGAGCAGCUUUCUCAGCUGUACUUCAGUCAUCCUCGGGGACUGAAGAAGGUCAAGGAUACUACCACUUUUGUUAUUUAUCAUGUUCUCAGUUCCAACAAUGAAGAACAUGAACAACUGGUUCUGAAGUUUGUUAACAAUUUGGCCGAAGAGCUGGGUUGGCUAGCUCCUGCUCUCUCAUUGUGGAGUAUCAGUUUCUCUAGCUCACUCUACAGACUUCAGAUGAUGUCUGAAGAAUUGCUAGAGAAGCAUCCUGGCCUUAUUAAGAUGCUGCAACGUAAGCUUGAUGGCAUGGUACAGAGGGCUACGUGGGAUGGAGAUACUGAUCUAUUGUACCGAAUUUUACAACUUAUGCUUCACUUUCAACUAUCAAAAUCCUAUUCUCCUGUCACUAGCAUACUAUUAAAAUUGCAGUGUGAUAUGGGAAACCUAAGUGGAGCAGAAGAAACAAUAAAAUUUGCCCGGCACAUGGAUGUGCAAUUGACUGCAUCAGCUGUGCAGAGGUUCCUAGCCUUGCUUAACUACCACAAACGGCCAGCUCCAUUGUUCCUCCUUUCUCUUAAGUACGGUCACCCUCCUGCCAAGCCUUCAAUAUCUAAACCACCUAAGUAUACUUAUAAAUUUUAGUAAUAAAAAUUUAGUAAUAAAAUUUAUUCCAUGAA